AUGGCGUCCCGAGGCGGCUCCCUGGGCCUCGUGCUUUGGCUCCUGCUCUUUCAGCCCCGGCUCAGGGAGGCGCAGGCUGGCGGUCGAGAGGCGCACGGGGGGCUGACGCCGCCCCCACCCUCUCUGCCCCCGUCGGAGGCCGGCUGCGAGGAUCCCGGGGCGACCCUGCGGACGCCGCCUCCUGAAGGGGUUCCGGGGGCCUCUGGGGCCCCCGACUCCCCUGUGGCCGCGGUGUCCCCUGUUUCGGUGGCGUUUUCCCCAGGUGACUCUGAUUCCUACAAGGCUCUGGCAGCCGCACAGACCCCAGCACCAACAGAGACCGCAACAAAGCUGUUUCCUUCAGCAUGUGGCCAUCGAAGAAUGAGGAUAGUUGGGGGAAUGCCAGCCCCAGAGGCGAAGUGGCCCUGGCAGGUGAGCCUGCAGGUCGAUGAUAAUCACAUAUGUGGAGGCUCCCUCAUCACCAAUUGGUGGGUGCUGACCGCAGCCCACUGCAUAUUUGGCCAUCUGGAAUACACGGUGAAGAUGGGAGAUGUAAAAGUGACACAUACCUCUGAAAUGGCGGUCAAGGUCCCAGUCCGAGACAUCGUUAUCCACAGAGAUUAUACUACUUUUGGAUUAAUCGAAAAUGACAUUGCCCUUGCUCUGCUUGCCUUGCCUAUGAAUUACUCCUCGCAUAUCCAGCCUAUAUGCCUCCCUGAAAAGACUUUCAUGGUGCCAGGUGAAACGGAGUGCUGGGUGACUGGAUGGGGAAGCCUAAGAGAAAACGGAUCUAAAGCUCCAGUGCACCUUCAGGAAGCUGAGCAGACCAUCAUACGCUAUGACAAAUGUAACAAGAAAUUGAAGAAACUGCUCGAAAGGGAGAGUAAUGUGGUUAGGGAAGGGGUUGUCUGUGCUUACAACAACAAAGGAAAGGAUUCCUGCAAGGGAGAUUCUGGGGGUCCCCUGGUCUGUGAAUUUAAUGACACGUGGUUCCAAGUGGGGAUUGUGAGCUGGGGCUUUGGCUGUGGUCACAAAGGAUUUCCUGGAGUUUAUACAGAAGUUAGUUUCUACAAGGAGUGGAUCAUUAAGCAAAUGAGUCAGGCUUCUUCUCGGGACUCAACAGGCUUCUUCAUCAUACCCCUGUGUCUGGUGCUGCCCCUGGGCAUCCUGGCAACCCUGUGA